UCGCAGAGAAAUAGAGUGUGCGUUUUGCGACGAUUGUUCGUUCGGGUUCUCUUUUUCGGAAAACUCCUUUGGACGCAUAAUAUGUACAAAUUUCCGUUUACUGUUCGAGCCAUUGGCAAAAUCUGAGAGUAAUUUGCCGCUUCGAUUCAAGGUAUUUGAUGACAGGUGGCAUAUCCCCCUCUUCUGUGUUCAUUCUGUUUAUUAUGUACCGGUCAAACGUAAUAAGAAGAAGUUUCUUUCUUUAACAAGUUCUUUAUCAAGCUUAGAAGUGAUCUCCUGCAUACGACUGCAUUUAAAGGACUUUCGUGUGGCUACCAUUGAUUUACGAGGCUCACAAAAUGGAGUUAGUCUUCUCAACCAGAUUCUUUUUUUCUCUCGUCCUUUGAAACUGGAAAAUAUUUUUCAAGCCGGAACGGAAUGGCUUGGGAAAUUGUCGUUCAACGACUCACGUUCCUGGGAUGCUGAAUUAAAAAGGUGUGGACACAGAGCUAACGACCAUUGGCGUGUUUGCAAUCAGUUUUCACAUGGAGCAAGACGUUUUGUAGCCAGGUUUGUUAAGGAGACUUAG